AUGGCUUCCACAAUUAUAUUUUCCUUCUCGGCAUCUGGGCCUACCAUAUUUUCUUCCACAGAUUCUGGGGACACCAAAGCUUCCACCUCACCUUCUGGACCCACCACAGCCUCAGAGGUCACCACAUCUUUACUUUUGGCCUCAUCACCCACCUUGGCCUCUACCUCUGCCUCAGGGGUGGCCAGGGUCUCUAUCAGGGUCUCUGGACCUUUCACGGUCUCUUCCAUCACCUUGGUGCCCAUCAAGGCCAUUGACUUUUCUACUCAGUCCAUCACCAACACAGCUGUAUCAGGUGAAACAUCCACAUCAGGCAAGACUGAACACAGCAUAACUUCUAGUGGGACCACUACAACCUCUAACACCAAAUCCAGCACAAUCUCUGGAGGGACCAGCACACUUGUCAACACUGGAUUCAGCACAGCCUCUGGUGGAACAAGUAUAGUUUCCAACACUGGAUAUAGUGUGACCUCUAGGGGAACCAAUACAGCCUCCAGUACUGGAUCCAGCACAACCUCUGGAGGGACAAGCACAGCUGCCAAUACUGGAUCCAGCACAUCUGGUGGGACCAGUACAGCCUCCAACACUGAAUCCAGUGUGAUCUCCAGUGGGCUCAGCACAACCUCCAAUACUGAAUCUAGCACAACCUCUGGAGGGACCAGCACCCCUGUCAACAUUGGAUCCAGCAUGACCUCCAGAGGUAGUAGCACACCUAUGAACACCGGAUCCAGUGAAACCUCAGGUGGGACCAGUAUAGCCUCCAGCACUAGAUUCAGUACAACUUCCGGUGGGACCAGCAUAGUCUCUAGGACUGGAUCCAGCACAACCUCCAGUGGGACCAGCACAGCUACCAACCCUGGAUCCAGUGUGAUCUCCAGCAGGACCAGUGUAGCUUCCAACACUGGAUCCAGUGUGACUUCCAGUGGGACCAGCACAGCUAUUAACACUGGAUCCAGUGUGACUUCCAGCGGGACCAGCACAGCUACCAACACUGCAUCCAAUGCAAUCACAGGAGGCUCUAGCACACAUUCUCUAACUGGAACACACACAACUUCCAAUAGGGUUGGCACGAGUGCUACCACUCCAGUGAAUGAUGUGACACCCAGUGGGUCCCUGAAACCAUGGGAAAUCUUCCUCAUUACUCUGGUCUCAGUUGUAGUGGCUGUGGGAUUCUUUGCUGGGCUCUUCAUCUGUGUGAGAAAUUCCCUGACCCUGAGAAACGUCUUUGACACAGCUGUCUACCAUCCCCAUGGCCCCAACCUUGGCAUGGGCCCUGGAGGGAAUCACGGAGUCCACCACAGGCCUAGCUGGAGCUCUAAGCGGUUCUGGAGGAGACCAGUAUCCUCAAUAGCUAUGGAGAUGAGAAGGGGAUACAAUGGGCCCUGAAUGGCCUCUGAAGCCAGAGUGCCACCUUCUUCAAGGAGAAAACCAACCUGGGAGACCAGAGACCUGAGUGUCCUUUCAUUUGUCCCCAGGGGUCCCCUCCCAGCUUUGUUUGGGUCUCUGACAGCCCUGGGGAAGACACUCCCUGUCUCUUGCUUUUACUAAACUGUGGAAAGAGGACACUCUAUUGGUCAUUUAGCUAAGAAAUAAACACAAACAAAAUAUAUGACAGAA